AUGUCAUCACCAUACGUCACACUUGGCAACAGAACGCUCGAUCAGUGGAAGGUUACUGAGUUGAGGGAAGAACUCAAGAAACGUAAAUUGACUACUAAAGGAUUGAAAGAGGAACUCGUGAAACGUCUGGAUGAAGCUGUUCGCAUUGAGCGCGAAAAUGCCGAGGAGGCACAAAAUCAUGAAAACGACGCAAUCCCAUCUGAGUUACCUACCAAACAAGAAAAUCCAGAAACUGAUGUUUUUGGAGAGGGCAAGGAAUUCGCGGAUGUAGGUAUAAGCAUGGAUGAAAAAGUGGAUUCGAAGACUGAGUGUGAGAUGGAUGAUCACAGGUCAUUGUUUGAAGGCAAGGUUGAAGUUAGCUUAGAACAAGGGACCAAGGCUGCUGAACUGGAAGGGGUCAAUCAUGAUCAAGCUGCUGCUUUGGAAACUACUGUGGUGAUAACUGAGAAGGUGGAGACUGUCGAAGUUGUGAGUGAAGAAAUCUUACAAAAUGAUGGGUCAACUGAAGAUGCUAAUGUCGAACCUUCUGAUCCCAAAUUUCAAUUGCAUGUGAUCAAUGAGAGCAGCAAAACGUUGGAGCCAUAUAGUGGAGCUCAGGAUGAAUCCUUGAACUCAUCCGUUCAAAUGGAAACUGAUGAACCCAAGUAUCCAGAACCGAAUUCCGAUGUCCACCCAUUGAAUCAUCAGGUACCUGAGGUUGACACUGAUUUAGGAUUUCAAGUAAGAUCUGACUCUGUAUCUACUGAAUCUGUUUCCAUUACUGAAAAAGUUGAACUUAAGGUAGAUGCAAUUACUGAUAAUGUCCCAAUAGAAUUAAUCAAUGCCGGCCAUGAUGGUGAAUCACAUUCCUUGGAUGUUAAAGAGUCACUUGGGAAAAAGGAAACGGAAGAGCCACUUGAAGACAAGCCCCUUGAAAAGAAAGAUGUUGAAGGACCUCUUGAUGAAAUUGUAUCUGUUGAAGCCACUGGCGGUAGCCAUGAAGAAAUGGUUGAUAGUCUCAAGAACUUAGAUGGGGAGGAUUUGGUUAACGAGAAAUUAAAUUUGGACAGGAGCUCUGCUGAUGAUUCUAUGGAGGAGGAUAUAGUGGAUAGUAAAAUUGAUGAAUAUGUGGAAAAAUCUGGGACGCCUGCUCCGAAAGAGGAGGAUAAUAUUGAUGUUGUUAGUCAUGAUAAUCCUGUCAAAACCGGACCUGACCAGGCUAAAAAUGAGGCUGUCUCUGCAGUGGCAUCGGGGAAAAGGAAGUUUGAUGACAUUCUAGAGAAAGCACCGGUUGGGAAUAAUGACCCUGUGAAAAAAGCACGCAGUUGGAAUGCCGAGGGCUUGAAAACUCCCGGGACACAAAGUAGUACCAAAGUUAUUCCCACAAUGCCCAAGGGUGUCUCUGAAUCUACUCCCACAGUUAAAGAAGCACCAAAGGAGCGCGUUGUUCCACCAUCACUAAGGGUCCCCACUAAUUCUCUUAGAAUUGAUCGUUUUCUACGCCCUUUUACUUUGAAACAAGUGCAAGAGCUUCUUGGCAAAACAGGCAAUGUUACUGGUUUUUGGAUGGAUCAAAUUAAAACCCACUGCUAUGUCUCGUUUUCAUCAGUUGAAGAAGCUGUAGGUACCCGUAACGCUGUAUACAACCUCCAGUGGCCCCCAAAUGGCGGCCGCCUGUUGGUAGCAGAGUUUGUCGAACCUCAAGAAGUCAAAACACGGGUAGAGGCACCACCACCAUCUCCAGCAACAACUCCCUCAGCAGCUUUACCACCCCAAAACAAUGUGCCACCUCAGCCUUCUCCUAGGCAGCAAGUGCCGAGGCACCACCAGCUUCCACCCCCACCACCGCUGGCUGAUCUUCUGCCCUUCAACCGAGAGCACCCUAUUCCGGCGAGGGAGCGGCUGAACAACCUUCCACCACCACCGCCUCCAUUGGCAGAGAAAGCUGAGCCACCGAUUGUCACACUUGACGAUCUUUUCCGGAAAACUAAAGCCACCCCAAGAAUUUACUACUUGCCAUUGUCCGAUGAAGAAGUUGCAGCGAAGACCAAGGAACAAGGGAAGAAUGUUGCUAAUUAG